AUGCCGAAGGAACUCAUCACAGAUGAAGGACGUGGCUGGCUCCAUGAGGACAUGAUCGACUUCCUGGCUGAGCUCAACAUUCUCCACACGGUAGCACCGGGAGAAGCCCACACACGUUUAGGUGCAGUAGAACGACGUCACCAAGUUCUACGCAAAGCUGUGGAGAUCUACAUGAACGAUCGUGGUCUCAAAGAUGUUGAUGGACUUCGACAAGCUUUGGCCUAUGUGCUGCCCCAGGUGAACUCUUCUCCAACGGUGGCGGGGUGCUCCCCCACUCAAUGGGUCCUAGGCUAUCAGCCUGACUUUGCUGGCGACUUGACCAGCGAAGGCCUGAAUCCAUCUCACUUGGAUGGCUCCAACUUCGAGCAGACCCUGGAGAAGCGUUCAGCAGCCAAGGUAGCUUUGAUCAAAGCAGACCAAGAUCAACGACUUCGACGAGCACUUCUCAGGCGCUACUCUGGCACAAACGUGCUAUUGCAGCCGGGCCAGAUUUGUUGGUACUGGCGUGAUGCACGUGCAGCUGACUUGGUGAAGGUCAGAUGGAAAGGCCCUGCUCGGGUUAUCCUUCGUGAAGAUGAUGCCGAAGGAAAGCCGAUCGUCUACUGGAUCGCCCAUCAGACCCAGCUGCUUCGAUGUGCUCCUCAACAUGUCCGUGCCGACCACCGAGUGGCCUCUGACACCAACAUUGGUGGCCUUGAAGAAGCUCGCCGAGUUGUCUCUGAGCUGAAAUCCAGAGGGGUCACCCGCUUUGUGGAUCUGCAGCGUGCCAACAAAAGGCACAUUGAAGAGGUUCAGUCCGACGAAGAGGAGCUCUUUGAUGAUGAUGAUGAUGAUGGUGCUCCUGGACCUCCUCGACAACGGCCGAGAUUGGACUUAUCUCCAACCCUGGACUUUGUGGAGCGGCCUGAACUUGAUGUGUCUCCAACUCCAACAACGCCUUUGGAUGACACAGAUCCAGCCUUGGACUUGGAGGGCCUGGACUUACCUCCGGCUGGAACGAUGCCUGAUGCUGCAGACCCUGGUGGACCACCGAUCUUGGUGGAAGAUGACUCUGGUGAAGUGAUGCCUCCUCCUGCACACGUGCCUCUACGGCCACAUCUUCCAACUGCUGAUGAAACUGAACCCAGUGAGGAGCCAUCACGACCACCUUCAGUACGAUCUCCGGCACAAGUGCCUCCUUUGGACCCUGCCACUGUGGCGAUGUAUGAGCCAGCUGGCCCAAAUGACCGAUUUCGACUUCUACGACAACAGCAUGAACGACAUGAAACCUUGGUGUUGCCCUCCAGAUCAAGAGCUCAUCGCUCUCGCUCUCGACAUCGAGCUGAUCCAGGUGAAGCUGGGCCGACUUCCUCUACUCCGAACCCGAGGCCUGCUUCUGCUGGUGAACCUCAUGAGAGCUACUCUCAAGUGUUCAAUGUGGAGGACAUCCAAGGUGAUGAUCUGCCUUCUGGAUGGCAUGUGGACUCUGAUGGUGCCUUCGUUUUGAAAGAUGAAAAGAAACAUGAGUUGGAAGCCACAACGAAAAGCCGAAACACCAAGAGGAAGAAACCGCAGUCUGAGCUGCGAAUCAUCAAGGAGGAGCUGGAAGCUUCGGAAGAUGUCGAGAUGAUUGAGAAUGACCUGGCGCCAACGAAUGCCCUGGUCUCUGACUUUGAACAGGUUCCAACGAAUGACCUGACCCCAAAGAAUGCCCAAUUUCCAAAGAAUGACAUGGUUACACAGUAUGCCAAGGUCCCUGCCGAGACCUACAUUGCACAGUCCACUGAGCCCCUGGUCUAUGUGGACAUGCUGGUGAUGGUGAUAUGGUGGUUGAUGAAGCUACCUGGUGCUUCUGCCGCCCUAAUGGCGAUGUGCCUUACCGAGCACGAGGAGGUGAAGACGGAAAGCUCAAAGAGCUGGGAGUCCAUCUUCUUGGUGCUGGCCAUUUUGGCCCUAUGCUGCGCUGGCAUCUAUGUCUGGAAACUACGAGCUGACCAGCUGCGACUCCGAUGUCGGAUCGACAACCUGGAGGGCGAGCUGCAUCAUGGAAACCACCGGUCCAAUGUUUUGGUGGUGAUGUAUGAUGAGCUGCGUGGGUCCUAUGACCGCCGGACCACUGCCUAUGACCGAGCCCGCAGAGCUUUCGUGGAACAGCGUGCUGCAGCCCAAGAACUUCAAGGAGCUCUGGCGCUGGCUACGCAAGACUUGGGUGCUGGAUACCAAGCUCAGUUGGACGUGCGACAGCACGUUGGUCGAUGCCCGCUUGGUGACGAGAUCCACAUCCAGGAUGGAAGCUCCGUAUGGCAUCGCAAUGACGAGUGCGAUGAGCUGUACGAUAGUGGCCGUGAAAUUAGGAUUUUCCAGCCGUGCGCAAUUUGCGCUCAGCAGGAAUUAGUGGUUCCUGGUGACGAUGCCACCAGAUUUUUCGAUGAGCAUGGUAUGCGUGUGGUAAACGCUCCACCUGGGAUGCGUUUCAACUAG